CUACUAGUUGACGUCGGCUGUGAUACAACCUCUAGUGUUAACACCUAUUAUCGAUCCACCUCAUGAUGCAUAUAUCUCAUGGUUGGUAUCACUGCAAUCUAGUGAUUUUCUCUAGUAACAUUAUGUUGGCUGCAUUGGCAGGGUUUCCAAUGCUGCCACAUCCAAACAUAAAAAUAACAAGGAUUUUGAACUUCUAAACUGGUAAUACUUGCUUGAUACUACAUUUCUAUGAUUGGCAACACUUCCUUGUGACAAUCUUAUGACCAGUGUGACCACCAUAACGGAAAUAGUGAGGAAAUAUAAAUAAACAAAGUUAUAUGUCACUUUCAAAACAAAUUAACCUACAAACAUGGAAAAUGGCACAUCCCAAAACAGAAAUUUCUUUACAAAAUUAUAUAGAUAGCAAGCCCUUUGAUGGCAUGAAAAUAGACGAUGCAUCAAUUUUGGAUACAUUGGAGGGAAGACAUUCUUGCCCUAACUGCGGAAAAUCUAGAAAAUAUUACUGCUACUCAUGUUAUGUACCAAUACAGGAAUUGCAAGGAAAAUUACCUGUUGUAAAGCUGCCUCUUAAGAUAGAUAUCAUCAAACACAAGCACGAAAUUGAUGGAAAAAGUACGGCAGCACAUGCAGCAAUCUUAGCACCUGCUGAUGUCUCGAUCUACACAUAUCCGGAUAUUCCAAACUAUGAAAACGAAGAUGUAGUAUUAAUUUUCCCUAGCCAGAAUGCAAUAAGUGUUAGCCAGUUAAUAUCUGGGAGAGAACAUGAUAAAAUUGAGGAGUAUCAGCAAGCUCCUUUAGACGAGCUACCUGCAGGUUAUAAUAGAAGUACUUUGAUGAAGAGGAUUCCAAAAUCUCGGGAGGAGUAUCAGUUUAGCGGCAGGAUGAGUAAAUUACCAGUAUCAAGAGCAGUAUUCAUUGACAGCACUUGGAAUCAAAGCAAAGGCAUUUACAAAGACGAAAGGUUUAAGAGACUUCCAUGUGUGGUGAUUCAAAAUCGAGUAUCUCAAUUCUGGAGGCACCAGAAGGGCAGUCCGAGGUGGUAUCUAGCAACAAUAGAAGCGAUCCACCAAUUCCUGAUAGAAAUUCAUUUACAUCAAUGGGGGUUAAAUCCUGCUUACACUGGAAUCAUCAACUGCUUCACAGAGAAGUGCUUGAGCCAGUUUAGUUUGUUGUACAAUAAUGAUGUCAAGGCAUAUAAUGGACAGUAUGACAAUAUGUUGUAUUUUUUUAAGCAUAUGUAUCAUUUAAUCCAUAAGUAUUAUCAGCAUGAUGACUUGAUUGCCUAUAAGAGACAACUUGUGUGAUAAUUUUGACAAAUUAUAUUUUUUCAAUGUAACAAUUCCGUGUUUCUAGUUUUUAUGAAACUUUAAAAAUACUUUUCAAUUCUGCUAAUAAACCCUAACGUGUUGGAACCAUUCGCUAAAAACAGGCAGGUAGUGAGUGCUAACACAUGUUAUCAAUCCACCAGUUUCUUCUGACCCUACGUUGGAGACACUGAUACCAAUGUCACUAUUAUCACAAAUAUAAAUGUUACUAGAAAUAUACUACUUUUGACAACA